GUCUGCGGCCUGAGCGCGCGGGAAGUAGUUUCGAAGAACGCGGCGGGGGUGGGGUCUCGCGGGGAACUCCUCGGCCGCCUUCCUGGUACCGUUUUGGGCUUUGCGGGUAGUUCCAGGUAUUUCUGGCGACCGAGUAACCGCCCCGCCUUCGACGUCGCCUCUGCCUGGCCGUCCCAGCUCCCUCCACCCCCCUCCCUCCCCGCCAGGCAGGUCAGAUGGAGUAUUGUCCACAAUGUUCACCCUUUGAAGAUUCCUGUAAAAGAAUUCUACAAUAUAUAAACCAAGAUCAGCUUUGCAAGCAAGUUCCCAAAAGUUGUGAGCCAACAGAAGUUCUUGAUAAUUAAAACAGUGCUCGAGGAAGGUGGAAUAUUCUGCAGAGAUGUCUAGGAUUGAUAAAAUGAGCAUCCUUGGCGUGAGAAGCUUUGGGGUAGAGGACAAAGACAAACAAGUAAUAACUUUCUUGAAUCCUUUAACAAUCUUGGUGGGACCAAAUGGUGCUGGAAAAACGACAAUCAUAGAAUGUCUCAAGUAUAUUUGCACCGGAGAUUUCCCACCUGGCACUCAAGGAAAAUCAUUUAUUCAUGAUCCUAAGGUGGCCAAUGAAACAGAUGUGAGGGCUCAAAUUCGACUUCAGUUUCGUGAUGUUAAUGGAGAGCUCAUAGCUGUUCAACGAUCCAUGGUAUGCACUCAGAAAGGAAAGAAAACAGAAUUUAAAACGCUUGAAGGAGUCAUAACAAGAACAAAGCAUGGGGAAAAGAUCAGUCUGAGCUCCAAAUGUGCAGAAAUUGACCGAGAGAUGAUUAGUGCCCUUGGCGUUUCCAAGUCUGUGAUUAAUAAUGUCAUCUUCUGUCAUCAAGAAGACUCCAACUGGCCCCUAAGUGAAGGAAAGGCCCUGAAACAAAAAUUUGAUGAAAUCUUUUCUGCAACAAGGUACAUUAAAGCACUGGAAACUCUUCGUCAGGUUCGUUUGAAGCAAGGUCAGCAGGUUAAAGUGUGUCAGGAAACACUGAAAUUUCUAAAACAGAAUAAAGAAAAGGCACAAGAGAUUCACUGUCAGCUUACUAAUAGGGAAACUCAACUGGCAGCCUCAAAGGAAAAUGUUAGAUCUAUCGAGAACCAGCUUGAACCAUUAAAGGUUCGUCUUGCAGAAAUAGAACAUAAUCUUGUGAAAGUAAUGAAACUUGAUAAUGAUAUUAAAGCUCUGGAAAGCCGGAAAAAACAGAUGGAGAAGGAUAACCAAGAUUUGCAACAGAAGAUGGAGAAGGUUUUUCAAGGAACUGAUGAGCAUCUUCAAGAUAUGUAUCAAAACCACCAGAAAACUGUCAGAGAAAAGGAGAGGAGACUAACAGAAUGCCAGAGAGAACUGGAGAGGGCAAAUAAGGAAUGCCAAAAGUUCAACAGGGAAAAAUCAGAGCUGUUGGUUGAGCAAGGUCGUCUUCAGCUGCAAGCAGAUCGUCACCAGCAGCACAUUAGAACGAGAGAUUCAUUAAUUCAGUCUUUGGCGGUUCAGUUGGAAUUGGAAGGAUUUGAAAGAGCACCUUUUAAUGAAAGGCAAAUCAACAGUUUUCACAGGCUUAUAAAGGAGAGGCAGGACAAAGACACUGAAGCAGCUAAUCAGCUGAUGAGAGAAUUUGGAGAGAAGGAAAUGAUGAAGCAAAAGCAAUUAGAUGGAAUAAGGGAUAAAAAAACUGGGCUUGAAAGAACUAUUGACCUAAAGUCAGACAUUCAAAAUAAGAAGCAGCUUGAAGUGAAGAACUUGAAACACGAACUGUGCCAGCUUGAAGGGUCAUCAGACAGGCUUCUUGAACUGGAUCAGGAACUUGCCAAAGCAAAACAUGAACUAGAAGAAGCUGAAAAGAACAGCAAUGUAGAAGGCCUGGAAAUGGAAAUAAAAGAGUUACAAAGAGAGAAGGCAAAUUUAGACAGCAUUCUUCGGAAACUGGAUAAAGAGAUGGAGCAGUUGAACUUGAAUACUGCGAUAAUAACUCAGAUGGACAUGCUAAAGAAAGAUAAAGCUGACAAGGAGGAACAGAUUAGAAAAAUUAAAUCACGACACAGUGAAGAGUUAAUCACCUUACUGGGGUAUUUUCCAAAUAAAAGACAGCUUGAAGACUGGCUUCACUCUAAAGUGAGAGAGAUUAAUCUGACAAGAGACAAACUUGCCAACCUUAACAAAGAACUUAUUUCAGCUGAGCAGAACAAAAGUCACAUUAGUGCUGAACUACGGAAAAAAGAGGAGCAGUUGACCAGCUAUGAAGAAAGGCUCUUUGAUGUUUGUGGAAGCCAGGAUUUUGAAAGUGAUCUACACAAACUUGAAGAUGAAAUUGAAAAAACAUCCAAGCAACGAGCCAUGCUUGCGGGAGCCACAGCAGUUUAUUCGCAGUUCAUUACACAGUUAACUGAUGAGGAUCAGUCAUGUUGUCCAGUCUGUCAGAGGGUCUUUCCGACAGAGGCAGAACUGCAGGAUGUGAUAAGUGACCUUCAAUCCAAGUUGCGCCUUGCCCCAGACAAGCUGAAGUCAACUGAGUCUGAGCUGAAGAGGAGAGAGAGGAGACGCGAUGAAAUGAUUGGGCUUAAACCUGUCAGGCAAACCCUAGAAGAUCUCAAAGAGAAGGAUAUACCUGAUUUAAGGAACCGACUUCAGACUCUCAACAGAGAUAUUCAACGCCUUAAAGGUGAUCUGGAAGAACAGGAAACCCUCUUGGGUACUCUUAUGCCUGAGGAAGAAAGUGCCAAAGCAUGUCUUCAAGAUAUUUCCCUUAUGGAAAGGUAUCAGACUGAUCUAAGGGAUGUUGAACGAAAAAUUGCUCAGCAAGCUACUAAAUUACAUGGAGUGGAUUUAGGUCGAACCAUUUUACAAGUAAGCCAGGAGAAACAAGAGAAAAGGCAUCAGUUGGAUACAGUUACUGGCAAAAUUGAACUGAAGCAGAAUCUUAAGCAAGAGCAACAAAAUCAAGUCCAGCAUCUAAAGAGUACAGUGAAUGAACUUAAAGCAGAGAAGCUUCAAAUUUCCAGUUGCCUGCAACGUCGACAACAACUGGAGGAGCAGACUGUGGAGCUGACCACUGAGAUUCAGUCUUUGAACAGGGAGAUUAAAGAAGCAAAGGAACAGUUAUUGCCUUUGGGAGCAACUUUAGAAAAAUUACAAGAAGAAAAAGAAGAGUUACUGAACAAAAAGAAUACAAGUUACAAAGUGAUGCAAGAGAAGAUAAAUGAUGUUAAAGAAAAAGUCAAAAAUAUUCAUAAUUACAUAAAAGAAAUUGAGAAUUACAUUCAGGAAGGGAAAGAAGAAUACAAACAGCAAAAGGAAUCUGAACUUGAUGAAGUCAAAGAUCAGCUGGCUGAAUGUGAGAAAAAGAAAGAGAAGAUAAAUAAAGAAAUGGGAACUAUUAGGCAAGAUAUUGAUACCCAGAAGAUCCAGGAGCGGUGGUUAGAAGAUAAUCUUACUUUAAGGAAAAGAAAUGAAGAUCUGAAAGAAGUUGAAGAUGAUAUAAAACAGUAUUUGAAAGAGAUGGGGACAUUGCAAGUCCCACAACUGAAAAAGGAUCGACAGCAUUUAGAGGAGAAAAUAGAAGAUUUGAAAAGAAACCACAGCUUAGCACUUGGUCGGCAGCAUGGGUUUGAAGACGAGAUCCUUAGGUUUAAGAAAGAACUGAGAGAUCCACAAUUUAAGGAUGCAGAGGAAGAGUACAGGAAAAAGAUGAUUGUUAUGAGAACAACAGAGUUGGCAAACAAGGACCUUGACAUUUACUACAAAGCAUUGGAUCAUGCAAUAAUGACAUUUCAUAGCAUGAAAAUGGAAGAAAUUAACAAGAUGAUUCGUGAUCUUUGGCGAAGCACCUACAGAGGGCAAGAUAUUGAAUACAUAGAAAUUCGGUCUGAUGCAGAUGAAAAUGCAUCUGCUUCAGUGAAGAGGAGGAGUUACAAUUACAGAGUGGUAAUGAUAAAAGGGGACACUGCUCUAGAUAUGAGAGGCAGAUGUAGUGCAGGCCAAAAGGUUCUUGCUUCCCUCAUUAUUCGUCUGGCUCUAGCAGAAUCCUUUUGCCUCAACUGUGGAAUUCUUGCACUGGAUGAGCCUACCACCAACCUGGAUCGAGAGAAUAUUGAAUCUCUUGCCCACGCCUUGGUGGAGAUAAUUAAAAAUAGAUCCCAACAGCAUAAUUUUCAACUUCUUGUGAUAACACACGAUGAAGAUUUUGUGGAACUUUUGGGUCGUUCGGAGUAUGUGGAGAAAUUUUACAGAAUUAAGAAAAACCUUGAUCAGUGUUCAGAGAUUGUGAAAUGCAGUGUCACCUCCCUAGGGUCAUAUGUUCAUUAGAGUUUCAAAAAUACCUGGUUAUAGGAUUGCUCAGUAAUAUUAUGGGGGGAGAUAUUCUUAUAGUGGAAAAUAUUUUGUGUGUUGUUAAAUACAUAUCCUGUUAAACAUUAUCUAACAGAUAAACUGUUGAUCUUCAUUUUUCUCUGUAAUUAAAUAAAAAGGAAGCACAGAAAUACAUCAUUGUGAAAGUGUUUACUAGUGUGUUAAGAAUGUUUGUCAGGGCUUUUCUCUUUGCUUGCUGAAAUUUUCAAAAAUGUAUUUGAUGGAAGGAAUUAAACAUACUUUGCAAACCAUCAGCACAAACUGA